GCCCGCCCCCUUGCUUAAUCGAGCGCAGAGGGAGGAGGAAGCUGCAGCCCCGGCUGCUUUCCCUUACGAGAGCCGGCGCCGGCUUCCUCGCACCCCGCGGCCGGCUUCAUGGCUCCUGCGUCGCGGAUCGCUGACUUGCGGCAGGCGGGCAACGAGCAGUUCCGCAACGGGCAAUACAGCCAGGCGGCCGCCCUCUACGGCCGGGCGCUGGAGUUACUGGAAGCAGCAGGGGAUGCAAAUGCAGAAGAGAGGAGUGUUCUUUUUUCCAAUCGUGCUGCCUGCUAUUUGAAAGAUGGGAACUGUAGUCUCUGCAUUAAGGAUUGUUCUGAGGCCCUGGAUCUGGUCCCUUUUGGAAUCAAGCCCCUGUUGAGGCGCGCAGCAGCCUAUGAAGCUCUUGAGAGAUACCAUUUAGCCUACGUGGACUACAAAACUGUGUUACAGGUUGAUAUCACUGUACAAGCUGCACAUGAUGGAGUCAAUCGAAUGACCAAAGCCUUACUGGAAAAAGAUGGUCUUCAGUGGCGGCAGAAGCUCCCACCCAUCCCAUCUGUUCCAGUUUCUGCUCAGAGACGGUGGGAGCCCCCAUCUGGAAGCCAAGAAGCUACUACAAGAAGCAAUGAAAACAAUACGGCAGGAACAAAGCAAGUGCCUACUGCUGCCACAAUGGAUCGAGCAAAUGUGUUGAAGCUGGAAGGAAAUGAGUUUGUAAAGAAGGGAAACUAUAAAAAAGCUGUUGAGAAGUACACAGAAAGCUUAAAACUCCAUAAGCUGGAAGGUGCAACGUACACUAACAGGGCCCUUUGCUACCUGAAUAUGAAGCAGUACAAGGAAGCAAUUCAGGAUUGCUCAGAAGCACUUAAGAUGGACCCAAAGAAUGUCAAAGCAUUUUACAGACGAGCACAAGCAUAUAAAGAGCUCAAGGACUACAGAUCUAGUAAAGCGGAUAUCAACAGCCUCUUGAAAAUUGAACCAAAGAACAGUGCUGCUCAGAAACUACUGCAAGAAUUAAACUGUUAAAAUAAGAGAGGCUAAAGGCAACACCAUGCUCUUCUGAAGAUAUGUUUCCUGUUUUGUUUUGUUUU